UUUCCUGAUUAAAAUAGUAGUAUGUGGUUGUUGCAGUUAUUUUCAAUAUGUAAAAUACAACUGUAUUUUAACACAGAAAAGAAAGAUGGCUCCUAGAUGGCUUUAUUGAAUACUCGUAACUUCCUUAAUAUUUAUGGUUAGCUUCUUCCUUUUGGGGGCGAUGGGGGAGGAGGCUAUGUCCAGCUACCAGCAGAGGUACCUUGAUAGUAAACAAGUUAAAAGAACAAACACGUUAUUUGAGCAGGUUGUGCGGUGAGAACUUUUUGCUUGGCUUUUGAUUUAUAGUGGUUAUGAUGGAAUGGAAGCCUAUUUAAGACUUACAUUAAAAUUUGUGAUAUGAUUUGGUUGCAGGUCAAAGGUAAAAAAGGAAAUGUAGCAUUUGUCCGUAAAGGGCUCAUUGUAGCCUGGUUUCUAAUGUACAGUUCAGUGAAAACGACAUUUAUUUGGCACUAACAUUGGAGAAAUAAGUUGCUUAAAAAUGGUUAAUGUUCGUGAAGAAAUUGAAGAGUUUUUUCCAAGAAUGUGGAAGAUAAAUCAAGAUAAAAGAAGGCUAAUGAAAAGUAUUAAAGAUCAGAAAAUUAAAAUUGAAUGGGGGAAAAAAUUGAACAGAAGAUUGGUCAGAUAGAAGCACUUGAAUAUUUUUUUAAGGCUAUUUUGAAUUGUUUGAAUUGGGGAAGAAUACACGAAGUAUGAAAAAUGAAAAACUCAAUGAAGAAUGAAGAGAAGUAGAAAGCAAGAGUGAAGUAGAAUUAAAAGAAUCUGGAAGAAUGAAUGGGUCCUAGGUUAAGUAAAUGAGUCUCGCUCUCAGUCAAAAUCUCCAAUGGGAACUCCUGCUCGUGUAAAAUCGGAGAGCAGGUCAGGAUCUCGUAGUCCGUCAAGGGUUUCCAAACAUUCUGAAUCCCAUUCUCGAUCAAGAUCAAAAUCCAGGUCGAGGUCAAGGAGGCAUUCUCAUAGACGUUACAGCCGAUCCAGGUCCCAUUCUCACUCUCAUAGGAGACGAUCUCGAAGUAGGUCAUAUACACCAGAAUACCGGCGUCGAAGGAGCCGAAGUCAUUCUCCAAUGUCUAACCGGAGAAGACAUACAGGCAGCAGGGCAAAUCCAGAUCCCAACACUUGUCUUGGAGUGUUUGGCCUCAGUUUGUAUACAACAGAGAGAGAUCUUCGUGAAGUAUUUUCUCGAUAUGGACCAUUGAGUGGUGUCAAUGUGGUUUAUGAUCAGCGAACUGGACGAUCAAGAGGAUUUGCUUUUGUCUAUUUUGAGAGAAUAGAUGACUCAAAGGAGGCUAUGGAAAGGGCAAAUGGAAUGGAGCUAGAUGGCAGAAGAAUUCGUGUGGACUAUUCUAUCACCAAGAGAGCACACACACCUACACCAGGCAUCUACAUGGGCAGACCAACUCAUAGUGGUGGUGGUGGUGGUGGAGGCGGAGGCGGUGGUGGAGGCGGAGGAGGUGGCAGACGUCGAGAUUCUUACUAUGAAAGAGGAUAUGAGCGUGGUUAUGACAGAUAUGAAGACUACGAUUACCGAUACAGAAGAAGAUCACCUUCUCCUUACUAUAGCCGAUACAGAUCACGAUCAAGAUCUCGUUCCUACAGCCCAAGACGCUAUUGAUGAAGAGAAUGAUUACAUUUGAGGAUAUCUUUUUCUUUUUCUCUUUUGUUGUUUAAUUCUGGAUUUCCCUGAGCUUCUAAUCCUUCCUACUUAAAAGGAAUCCGAAAAAAAAUCUUCUGUUUAUUUAGCGUCUACACUUUGUCAAUUGCAUUGGUGUUUUCCACCCCUUUUAUUAUACUCUUAAAGUUCUAAUUGUCAUUUUGAGUAGUUAAACAUCUUGAGUAAAAAAAAAAAAGGAACCCCCAGUGUUAUGCUUUGGGUUUGUUUGUUGUUUUGUUUUUGCUUUUACAGAAAAUUAACUUCUGGCUAAUCAAAAAAGGAAAGAAAUGAUCUUUUUAAAGCUUCUUUUUUGUUAGAUACUAUAUUAGAAAUCUACAUUUGUGACAAACUCCUUUUUUAACUUUCUUUUGGAGAAGAUAGUAACACAUAAAGUAGUUCAGUCAUGUCAGGUUUGUCUGGGGUGUCACGGAGCAGUCAAAUAGUUGAGUGUAGAAAGUUUGAAGCUAUAAAACAGUCGUUUCUUUUGAAAAAAUGAAAAUUUAUAACCUUAAAAAGGGCAUUUUUCUUAGAGAUGGAAAGCUUGUGGGCUCCUAUAAAACAUGUUCUAUUUAAACUACAUCUGUUAAGACUUACAAACUUUAUAGUGUGAUUUUUUUUUGUGUGUUGUACUUAUUGAAGUUUAAGUAUUCUCUUAAUCAGUGAAGGACAACCCUUACUAUUAUUUAUUACUUAGAGCAAUUGUAUACUUUGCUGUUAGAAAUCUUGGUAUGGGACAAUAGUUAAGCAGGCUCUUGUAUAGUUUAGAGCCCUUAGAGGAUAUGUCUGGGGAAGAGUAGUCUCCUUUCAAAUAAAAGUUAAUUUCUUUGAAAA